GGGCCGCAGGGGGCGCUGCCGCUCCGCGCGCCGCCGCCGCGGGCCCGGCCAUGGCGGAGCUCCGCGGUGCCCGGGCGGCCUUGGGCGGCCCCGCGCCGCUGCCGCAGACGGGCUGGGAGCGGCUCCGCGAGCUCUGGCGGCGAGACGAGCAGCAGCAGUUCCCGGAGGAGACGGUGAACAUGGCCAAGGCGGCGUUCACGGCGGGCGUGGUGGGCUGGCUGUACGGGGGGCUGCCCGCCUUCGUCAGCGCCCGCAAGGCCUUCAUCGAGAGCAGCCACGGCGAGAUGUUCCAGAACCGCGCCGAUGCCGUGCAAUCUGCACACCGCGCUGGUCUCCGCAGCUUCAUCCGCUACGGCUGGCGCUGGAGCUGGAGGGUCGCGGCUUUCGCCACCAUCUUCAACGUGGUGAGCACGGGCCUGUCUGCAUACCGCGAUAAAACCACCAUCAGUAAUUUUGCUGCAGCAGGAGCCUUCACAGGAGCCCUGUUCAGGAUGCACUUGGGCCUGCAGGGCCUGGUGGGUGGCAUUGUGUUUGGAACGGCGUUUGGGGUUCCUGCAGGAGGCCUCCUCAUGGCCAUGUACGGCUUGGCUGGUGAGACCUUGCAGGAGAAGAGGAGCCGUGAGCGCAGGGAGCUGUACGAGCAGAAGCUGGCAGAGUGGCAAUCCAGGCUCAGUAUGACUGAAAUCUUAGGCCAAACAGAAAGCAAUGCCCAGGGAAGACCAGAGAUGGAGAGAGCAAGAGAAUUGAAGAGCUACUGAGUCUUCCCCAGAUUUCAGUUGUAAGAAGUUACGUAGAAUUUUGAUCCAGCUUGUAAAAGCCUUCAGUUGAGGAAUCAUGGAAGUUGUCUGUGAAUGCAGUGAAAAUGUGUUUUGCUGAAAACAUUGUUCAGGGGUGGAUAUCACUGCACAAAGAGCUUGGAAGGGCCAAACCUGUUCCACCUGAGAAGAUGGAAAUGCAGACUUUACAGACCAGGAAGUAUCAUGUAGCUUUGGGAAGAAGUGAGGGUUCCAGAGCCUCAUCUAGAACCCAUUUCACUGCUGAAAAUGUCCAAACCACCAAUGAUGUAGAAAUACUCAAGGUAAAGGAGCCUAUCAAUGGUUUGUGUGCUAAAGGUGCCCUGAAUCCAAAAGUUCAUUAUGCCCUGGUGAAAGCUGCUCUUCAGACAGUGCCUGAGGAACUUGCUGAUGGUGGUUUCUUACUUGGCUCCUACAGUACUUGGGGUAUUUUGCAGUCAGUGUGGAAGAAGGGUGGAGGAGCUGGGAAUUACAUAGAAAUACCCUGAAAAAGGCAUGUUUUGGGUUCUUCAGUAGAGGCCUGAGGGUGCCACAGAAAACAUGACUUAUUUUUGGUGGUGACAGUGGAAGCCUUGGUGCUGUGGACAGUUUUAACAAUAAGAAGGCCUGUAAUUCCCUUUGCAAGUUGGAUAUCAGGGGAUGACCUCUGGCGGAAAUGUAGUUCAAGACACUCAAUAAAGCCAUCCAGCAGUG